ACACCGACCUAACGUGUGAUCGAUAAAGCAGUUCUUGUAUUCUACCUCCGAUUUGUGUUAAAAAUUGUAAUAGAUGAUAGCCGCUUUAUUUUUGUUCUUAUAAGCUGGCAACCAUACUGCAAAACUACCCUUACAAAUCCCUCCAAAAAAUAACAUCAAAAUAUAAACAUACGUAUUCGACUUGGCAACGUUGCAAAAUAAUAACAAAGAUGUCAACAAAAUCAAUUGUAAAAAUUUAGAAAAAUAUUUAGUUUUAUUUUAAAAUAAUUUGUUAUACUUACAACCCAAAUUUAACAAGUGAAUUGCAAUGAGAUACAUUCGGUGCACAAAAAGAAAACUUUACAAUACAAGCCUCGUUAAUGCAACAUUUAAAAGCACGUAUCCCAUAAAUAAUUCCGACAAACCAAGAAAUGAAGUUGCUGUGGUCGUUGUGGGCGGAGGACUGGCCGGGCUCUCAGCAGCGAAUCAUUUAAUAAAAAAUGGUUUCAAACGAACCAUAAUACUCGAAGCCACCGACCGUUGUGGUGGACGCAUCAUUUCUAAACAAUUCGGAGAUGCUUAUUGUGAAUUGGGAGCAAAAUGGGUGCCAAUUAAUGCAAAGGAGAACACUGUAUAUAACAUGGUACAAAAUAUGAGAGGGCUACCAAAAAAGUUAUUACAAAACAAAGACAAAAUGUAUGUGAACACAUCUGGAGAAAAGGUGGAUAAGCCACUACCAGAACUCAUAGAUAUUCUCUAUAAAAGACUUUGUUCGCAUAUCCAGUUUGAUGAGAAAUACAAAGCUGGGGCAAUGGAUGAUUUGAAUAACGUGCAUACCUAUUUACAAGCCGAAAAAUCAAAGCUCGUAAAUUCUGUAUUUAAAGGUGAAGAUCGGAAGACGGCGAAUGAAAUAUUCAACUCGCUCAUCAAAGAGUUUGGCAGUUUGUUAGGAUGUUCACUGGAAUAUGUUAAUAUCGAACACAUAACAAAGCUCCAGAAUGGUGUACAUGGUUCAAACCACAUAUACAUACCGACUGGUUUGGACAAUAUUCUAACAAUUUUAACAAAGAACCUGGGGAAACAACAACUGAAAAUUGGUAAACCAGUUGGUGAAAUUAAUUGGUUUAUCCCAUCUAAAAGUGGGGAGAAUUGUGUAGCUUGUUUGGACGGCGAUGUAUUCCAUGCAGAUCACAUAAUUUGUACAGUUCCUUUAGGAGUACUAAAGAUCUUUUCUGAAAACAUGUUUAGACCUGCAUUACCGCAGAGUAAAAUAAAUUCAAUUAAAAAACUUGGCUUUGGUAGUCCUGUUAAAAUUUACUUCGAAUACGAUGCCAAUACUGAGAGUUGGCUUAAGAGUAGUUUGCGACCACUGUGGAGCUCUUAUGGGGUCGGCGCUGAAAUUACAUGGACGAAACAAGUAGUAGAGAUAUCAAAAAUGCCAAAAAGUAAUAGGGUAGUUGAAAUAGUUAUCGGUGGAGAAUGGUACGAUAAAAUUGAAAAAUUGCCUGAUAUUGAACUACUUACGGAAAUAACAAAGUUAAUACGUAUCUUAUUGAAAAACCAAAGCAUACCCUACCCAAGUUCUGUGCUGCGUUCUAAUUGGAGUUCACUGGCAUGCUACUUAGGCGGUCGCCCUUACUUCUCCACCGGUAGCACAGUUAACGAUGUUCUGACACUGGCCGAACCUCUCGGUCCAAUGCAAAGCCUACUAUUUGCUGGAGAUGCAACAAUUGUUGAUGGCUUUGGUACAGUAGAUGGUGCACAUCGGAGUGGUAUUCGUGAGGCUCAACGCAUAAUAGACCACUAUAAUAGUCAAUUUAUAGUGUAAAUGAUAAAUUCGAGCAAUACAAA